UUUAUACAAAUUUUUGCAUUGCACGUAAACUUCAAAUAAUUCUGUUGUGAUCGUUGCGAUCUUUGAAAUAAAACAGUUUUUGUAAAACUAAAAAAAAAAAUAUAAAUUCUCCUGUGAUGGCAGAUGAAAAUUAUCGUAAAGUGUCAGCGUUCCGUUGCUGUUUGUGUCCACAUCCCAAAAAACCGAACAGUGAAAAUUUACUCGACUCAAAACUACUUCGAUGCCAAAAUUGCAAACUAAUUUCGUACUGCGGUUUGGACCAUCAGAAAAACCACUGGCCAGCACACAAAGAAUUUUGCAGAGCCAUAGCAUCGAUAACGAGUGAAAUGAAGGUGAAACAUAUUAUCGAUAUCAACGGAAGUGCAGCAGAAUUAACGGCGCUACAACUCCGCGAAGUCAAGUUUAUGAUCCAGACCCUGAUGGUGGUGAAACUCCAUCGAGAGCUCACUGAAGGAGAACGAGAACUCAUUUGGUUUCCACGAAUCUGUAGCUUUUGUAACAGUCAUGAGGGUGCGCUGAUGCCAUGUCCUGAAUGUUUUGCAGUCGGUUAUUGUUGUGAAGAACACCGAGUGGAAGAUAUGGACACCCAUUUAAGAAUAUGCGCAGAACUUCACCUGUGCUACAACUUCAGCUUAGACGAGCUUCCUGAAGAUGAAGUUCAAUUCAUACCCGUUCCAGCAACAGAUGUUUCUUUUCCAAAGGAUUUGUUUGAAAUGCACAGAAUGUCGACAGCUUUUCUGAACAAAGACCAUACCCAAGACUUCCUAGGUGUCACAUAUCCAACCACAUCAAAGGAGUACCAAAAUUUUGCAAACAUUUGCAAUCUGUCCAAUGUAGCCACCGUAUUGCAUGCACUGAACCAAAUUCAAGACUACAAGUCGAUGGUCACAUCAAUACUGACCAUUCACAUUGUUGGUGCCAACACAGAAAUAGCGCUAUUUACGCGCUACGAGUGCUGGCUGUUAUUCUAUUGGCUUCCAACUAUUUUUUACAUAAAUUUGGUAUUCAUCGGACCAGAAUUGCCAACGAAAAAUGGUUUCACCGAAAUUUCAUACAAAUCCAACCGAAAAAAGACCGUCAAGGUGACGUACAAAAAAAUGAAAUACGAAGAAUUUGCAACGACUAUCGACACGGAACCCGACUUGAUUGUGAGCUUGAAUUGUGGAUUUGCGGAACAUGAAAACGGGCAGAAUAAUCCGUGGAGAGAGGCCAUUGCUGUUAUGUUAAAAUAUUCUAACACUCCGAUUGUGUUUACGUCGUAUACGAAAACGGAAGCGAUUGCUGACAUGAAAGUCGUGAGAAAAGUUGCUGAUGAGGCUGAUUGUAAAUUCAAAAUUAUUUGUGACGGAGAGUUAAAUCUAUUUAGAGACAAUCGUCCUUUGCGGAAUUUUAUUGGAUAUAAGACUGAUGCUAUUUAUUAUUACAAUGGGUAUUUGAGUGUGAUAUUGACGCAUAAGGACGAAAUAAAUUUCUAAAUAAAAUUCA